AUGGCUGUGCCAGUUGAAAAAGAGGAGGCUGCUGCUAAUACGCAGGCUCCCACUCAAACUACCCCGCCAAAUCUCCUCAGCGCGCCUCCUUCCCGCUUCGAGAAGCCAGCCGGCGUAAAUACGACAAACUUUCCAGGACAUGCCAAUCCGCCACUUCCUAUCGAGGGCAACGGCUACUUCAGCAAUGCGCAAUUCAUCGCUCUUAUCAUCGCUGUGCCAUACUUGCUCAAGCGCUUGAUUCCCUACUUUAACACUGGCUUCAAGACCUACGUAUUCCUCUUCAUCCUCACUGGUCCCUUCUCCGCUAUCGCGUAUUGGACUGUCAUGUCCACCUACGGUCCACGCAAGAACGACAAGGUGGCCCUUCCUAACCGUCCAAUUGAAGAAUACCUCGAUAUCAAGGACCCUGAAAUGAAGCAGCACUUCCACGGCCACAACAAGAUCAAUUACCAGCAAUUUCACGACGCUUACUUUGAAGGCAAAAUCGAUGUAAAGGGCGACAUGCUCGACACCCUCGAAUACCGCCACGACUGGGCAACCUUCAACUUCACCCCUAAACUCUUCAAGUAUGUUGUUUUCAAGAUGCUCCCUGACGUCAUCUUCCACUCCCAAUCACAAGACGAAGAUCAGAUCCAGGAUGUGUACGACCGCGGUGAUGACUUCUACGAAUGGUUCCUCGGCCCCCGUAUGGUAUACACUAGUGGCAUGGUUCGCGACACCACCCGCGCUGAGACACUCGAAGAGCUCCAGGACAACAAGCUCAGUAUGGUAUGCGAGAAGCUAGACUUGCAGAAGGGUGAUAGGAUGCUUGAUGUGGGAUGUGGAUGGGGCACUCUCGCAGCGUUCGCUGCUAAAAACUUUGAUGCGGACGUCACUGGAAUCACACUCUCCAAGAACCAGGCGGCCUUUGGUAACGAACGUAUAGCAAAGAAUGGCAUUUCCUCUGAGCAGGCUAGGGUGCUCAAUAAGGACUACCGUGAUAUCCCACGCAACACUUUCAAUAAAAUCAGCUGCCUCGAGAUGGCUGAGCAUGUCGGUAUUCGUCGCUACGCCUCUUUCUUGAAUGACAUUUACAACCUCCUCGACGACGACGGCGUGAUGGUUUUCCAGGUUGCUGGAUUGCGUCCUCAUUGGCAGUACGAGGAUCUCGUCUGGGGGUUGUUUAUGAACGAGUACAUCUUCCCUGGUGCUGACGCAUCUUGCUCGCUCGGCUGGGUCGUCAAUCAGCUUGAAAACGCUGGUUUCGAGGUAAAAUCGAUCGAUGUUCUCGGUGUGCACUACUCGGUCACUAUAUUGAGAUGGUACAAUAACUGGAUCGCCAAUAAGGACAAGGUGAUAGAGAAGUACGGUGAGAAGUGGUUUAGAAUCUGGACAUUCUUCCUCGCUUCCUCAAUUAUCAUUGCCAGGAACGGCGGGUCGUCGGUGUUCCAGAUUACCGUACAUAAGAACCUCAACGCUACGCGUCGUGUCGAUGGCAUUGCUAGCCACCACGCUCCUAUGAACCGGUUCAAACCAUCUUAUGCGUCUGUGGCUUCGGAGUAG